UAGAACAAAAAGUUUACGGAAAUUACCGAUGAUUAAUUUAUUCAUCUGACACAACGAAUGAUUGACCUAUAUUUAGAUAAGAUGAUAGUAUAUGUGAUUGUUGUCUUGUGAGUUAUGGAAUCUUUAAGAGGAUUAGUGGCCAUUAUUACAGGUGCUAGUAGUGGUAUAGGUGAAGGUGUAGCAAUCAAGUUUGCACAGUUAGGAUGUCGUCUGACACUGUCUGGUAGAAGUACAGAAAAUUUACAACGUGUAAACGAUUUAUGCAAGGAGGCGGGCUUAAACCAAGAUCAUAUUCUUACCGUCUCAGGAGAUAUAACUAAUGGUGCUGAUAGGCGUUCGAUCGUAGAGAAAACUGUGGAAAAGUACGGAGAAAUCAACGUUCUAGUGAACAAUGCUGGUAUGAUAUAUUACAAUAGAAUUGGGGACAUCACUGAGGAGAAAUAUGACGAAUUAUUUGACUGUAACGUCAAAUCUCACGUCUUCCUAACUCAGCUUGCUAUCCCUCAUUUAAUUAAGUCCAAAGGAAGUAUUGUAAACACGUCAAGCAUAUGUGGACAAAAAGCGAUGGCCGAGGUUGGGGUUUAUUGUAUGACAAAAGCGUCAAUGGAUAUGUUUACCCAGUGCCUGGCUCUUGAAUUAGCUCCUCAUGGUGUCAGAGUAAACGCAAUAAACCCUGGUACGAUUGUAAGUAAUAUUGCAAGAAGACCAUGGGGAGAUUAUCAAGAUGAAGAACUAUAUCAAAAGUUUCUAGAAAAACAAAAAUCUGGCCAUCCAUUAGGUCGUGUUGGUCAGCCAAGUGAUUGUGCCGAAUCAGUAGUUUUUCUUGCGUCACAGGCAUCAAGUUUUAUAACUGGUCAGAUUCUAUACCUAGAUGGUGGAAGACAUUGUGUAUCUGUCGGGGUGGCUACCUCUGUGAAAAAAUAGUUUGUCUUGAUAAGACAACAAGAACAUAAGAAUAAAAUAACUGUUUACAUUAUGAAUGGCAACUUUUUCUGAAAGCGCUAGAUUAAAUAUAACUGAAAGUCAUA